UUACCUUUUUAGGAAACAAAUAACAAAAUUAUUUACUUUUUAAUUCAUUUUAAAACCAAAAUGAAUUCCCAGGAAUUUAAGAAAAAUAUUUGUCGUGUUUGUUUAGAUGAGAGUGUAGUUUUAGAUUGGAACGACACAGUUUAUUCAUAUUUCGAUGUAACCUACAAAGAUUGUUACUACAAAUACACCCAAUUGGAAUGUCAUGAUACUGAUUGGUUUUCACCCAUGCUAUGCCAAUUAUGUGUAAAUGGUUUACAAAAUGUGCAUACAUUAAUUUUGAAAGCAUUAGAGUCGCAUAAAUAUUUUCAAGAAACAAAUCUUCCCAGUUCACAAAUAGAUGAUUCCAUAAAUGUUGAAGAUGAUAUUAAAUACACACCAACAGAAUUUGAAACAGUAUUAGUGCAAAAAAUAGAAGUGGAACCCAUAAUAGAAGAUCAUUUUGUGUAUGAGAACUCUGAUGAAGAGUUCAAUAUAAAACCAGUAAAAACUAAAGGAGGCAGACGGUCCAAACGAUAUAUAACUUCCACUUCAAUAUCAGUUAAUCAGGAGAAGUUUAACAAGAAAUCGGAAAAACCGAUAAAAAUAGAAAAGAAAACAGAAGAACGUGUUUGUGUAGCCGAUAGUAAUGAAUUUAAUUUGGCGCAAUCUUUAAACACAUCAUGUGCAAAAACUCGAAGAAAAACCACUGGAAAAGGUAAAUUAAAAAAACAAGUAAUUUUCCAGGACGACAACGUAAGUAAAGCAAUAGGAUUAGAAGAUGAAAAUAUUAGUGGCGAGAGAGAAGAAGAGCCAUUAGAUGGAAAAAUUGAAGAUUGUGCUGACCAACUAGAGCCCAAAGUGAAAAAGAAGUAUAAAGAAAUAAAAAAGCCAAGAAUGUGUUCUAUUUGCUCAAAAAUAUUGCACAACAAGUAUGCAGUACAAAUGCACGAAAAAACCCACAUGGAAAAUAGAGAACGUAAAGAAACAUGCAAAGUCUGUGGUCUUAAAUUUUAUGACAAAAGAAAUCUGUACUCUCACAAGCGCAUACACAAAGAAAAUCGGGAAAAGAAUCACAAGUGUGAAUUUUGUAAUAAAUCCUUCUAUGAUAAGGGUGGUCUCAAUAUACAUCGGCGAAUACAUUUGGGCCAAAUGAUACCCUGCAGUUUAUGUUCAAAGCAAUAUUAUCGUCAAAUCGAUUUAGAUAGACACAUGAGUUCACACUCAGCCACAACAAUAAAUUCGGAUACGAAAAAAAGAUCAAGAUAUUUUGUACGCUGCAAACAUUGUGACAAAUCCAUACUUAGUACAAGUUUUAAGUCGCACACAGCUGCUCAUUUGAAUGAACCUUUAAUGAAAUGUUCAAUAUGUAGUAAGGAGUUUUUCCGACGAGGAAGCUGUGUUCUCCAUGUAAAAAAAGUCCACCAAAAGACUAAUGAAGAAUACAAUGACUUCAUUAUACAAUAUAAAAAGAAUCGAAUAUCACAUUUGUUUUUAGAACAAAAGGCUGAUAUACAAUGUACUGAUGAAUAAAAUUAAAAACAUACAAUAAAUAUGUGCUUGAUAUAUUAGUAAGUAAAUUAAUGGGUUGUUGUUACAACAGUUCAGCUGAUGAAAUUUCUUUCCGGUGAAAAAAAACUUUCGGUUGGUAUUGGUUUCGUUGUUUAGACAAUAUUUGUUCGAGUGUGAGCUUUCCGGAACGAAGAUCCAAUUGUGGAAACGAAAUUAAUUAAAUUAAUGGAUCUGCUGGUUUACUUUCAAGUUCUUACUAUUUUUACUAGUAUUGAACAUGUUUAGUGCAAUAAGUAAAUUUAUAUAAUAAUGUAACAAAAUUGUAUAAACAUUUUGUGAAGGGAUCUAAAAAAUACUUCGUUAAAAGAGUAAGUUCUAUAUUGUGUAAUAUUUGUAGUAAAAAAAUCUAUAUAUGAUUUUUGUUAUAAACAUAAUUUUUAUAAAUUUAAGAGGAAAACGAACAGAUUAUGAAGAUAAAUAAUUAUGGAUAAGAUUUUAAUAGAAUUAUUGUAUAUUUACAAAACAUCAAUAAAGAUUUUUUAUUGGAAAUUAAAA